UUAAUAUGUCUAUGGACAAGAAUGACAAAAAUACGUCAUACGUCAUUUGCAAAAAAAAAUUAUACAAAAACAAAACAAAAUAACAAAUUACAAGAUUACAACAGUAUUAUGUUUUCGUAUUUUCAGAAAAUGUUUUUCUCAGUCGACAAGAACCAAGUAAUAACUAAAUAUUAUGCUAUAUACCUAUUAUUAAUAACUAAUAUUCUAAUUUAAAGUCAAAACAAAAUUUUAAUCUAAUAAUAUGGAACAUAAUAAAGAUCUUAAAGACUCAGGAAACCAAGAAAUGUUAACACCUAUUAAAGAUGAAGAAGAUUCUCUAAAUAAAUAUAACAAUAUAGAAGUUAAGUCUGAACUAGAUGAAAGCAGUUAUAGACCGGAAUAUGUAUUAGAUGAGUCUUGUUCACAUGAUUUUAAAAUAGAAAACCAUAUGCUAAUAGAAGAUGUAUCCAAUGAAAUUAAGGUCGAAAUAAAAAGUGAACUGGAGGAGUGUAGCAUUGGUGUUCCACAGGAUAUCACAAUUACCAAACCAUCCAAUUCUACCAAAGUGCAUUUGAAAACUUAUAAUACUGGUCAAAGACUAUAUCAAUGUGAAAUUUGUAGAAAGCUGUUUAUUACAAAAGAUAAUUUAAAGAUGCAUAUGAGACUUCACACUGGUGAAAGUACUCAUAAAUGUGAAAUUUGUAGUAAGCAGUUUAUUCGCCUAGAUGAUUUAGAUUGUCAUAUGACAGUUCACAUUCAUGACAAACUGUAUAAAUGUGAAAUUUGUAAUAAGCAGUUUGCGGGCUUAUAUAAUUUAAAUAAUCAUAAGAUAGUUCACAGUGGUGAAAAUCCUCAUAAAUGUGAAAUUUGUAGUAAGCAGUUUACACUCUUAUGUAAUUUAAGUAAGCAUAUGAUAGUUCACAGUGGUGAAAAUCCUUAUAAAUGUGAAAUUUGUAAUAAGCAGUUUAUCACAAGAAGUAAAUUAGAUGUACAUAUGAGAAUUCAUACAGGUCAACAACUGUAUAAAUGUGAAAUUUGUAGUAAGCAGUUUACACUCUUAUGUAAUUUAAGUAAGCAUAUGAUAGUUCACAGUGGUGAAAAUCCUUAUACAUGUGAAAUUUGUAGUAAGCAGUUUGAUCUCAUAAGUAAUUUAAAUAGUCAUAUGAAAGUUCACAGUGGCAGCGGUGAAAAACCUCAUAAAUGUGAAAUUUGUAGUAAGCAAUUUAUCGUAAAAAGUAAAUUAGAUAUACAUAUGAGAGUUCAUACUGGUGUAAAACUUUAUAAAUGUGAAAUUUGUUGUAAGCAGUUUAAACAACUAAAUCAUUUACAUCGUCAUAUAAGAGUUCACACCGGCGAAAACCCUAUUGAAUGUGAAAUUUGUAGGAAGACGUUUACUCAACAAACCAGUUUAAAAUAUCAUAUGGCACUCACUCACUCAGUCUUUACUUCAAUUAAAGAGAUAAGUCGAUAAAUGUCAUAUGUCCCAAAAUAAUUCUGUAUGCCAGAGGUAAAGUUGACAAUGCGUGCUAGCGGUAAGACGUGUGCUGACAAUUUUAUAGUGAAUACAAAAUUUAUAAUUUGUGAUUUUUGUAAGAAAUAUUAUCAUCACCUUCAUUGUGCUAAAGUAAAGGAACAACUUUUGAAGAUUAAGCAAGAUUGUGAUAACUGUAAAUGGUUUUGUAAUGACUGUGUACCGAAGUUUAAUGAUAUUAUCAACAAAAAAGCGGAUAGAAAUAAUGAACUAAUUGAAAAAGCAAGUAAGUUAAUUGAUUUAUUGGAAUCAUCAAAUUCAUCUUCACUUUCAAAAUCUGAUGGAAAAUCUUGGGCUGAUGUUGUGAAAAUUAAGAAAACGGAACACUUAAUUAUAAAACCAAAAAACCUGAACUAAAAUAGUUCGGUUACAAAAAGUGUACUUACACAAAAAUUUUGUCCAGCUGAUAUGGCUGUUUCUUUAGCUGGGGUAAAGGAAGGAGCAAAUGGUCGUGUUAUGAUUCACUGUCAAGAUAAGAAAUCGUUGGAAAAUUUAAAAAGUUGGCAAAUUGAAUAAACCUAAAAUUACAAUCAUUGAUGUUAACCCUGAUGACUUGAAUGAUAAUGGUGAAUUUAUUAAUAAAUUUCUAAAUCAAAAUUUACCGGAUGAUUCGAUUCAAACUGACAUUAAAAUUAUUCACAAAUUUAAAUCUAACAGAAGUAGAGGAAAUAUGUACAUGUAAUAAUUGAACUUUCUCCUAAGAAAUUUAAUUAUUUAAUUUCUAACAAACAAAAAGUUCAUAUUGAAUGGAACAGUUACCAUUUUUUCGAAUUUAUAAGUAAUUAGGUGUUUCCGAUGUUGGAGUUUUGGCCACUUUUCCGACAAAUGUGAAUCAAAAAAUUACGUUUGUCCUCUCUGUGGGGGUAAACAUAAAAAGGAUCAAUGUAAUAAUACAACUAAUUUUAAAUGUUCUAACUGUACGUACGCUAAGGAUAUUAUGAAAUUAAACGAUAUUGAUGUUAAUCAUCACGUUUUUGAUAUAAACUGUUCUUGCUAUUUAAAACAGUUAACUAAAAGUAAAGAAAAAGUUAACUAUCAAUUCUAGCAAUCAAAAUCUUUCAAAAAGAAUCCUGAAAGAACUUUAUUGAACGUUUAUUUUCAGAAUAUAGGAGGCUUGCGUACCAAACUUAACGACUUACAACAAGUGGUUGCUUGUUCUGAUUAUAAUAUAAUUAUACUAGUUGAAACCUGGCUUAAUUCUGACUUUAAUAAUGCUGAGUUUGGACUUUCCAAUUACAACAUUUUUAGAGCCGAUAGAAAUCAUCUAACAAGUCGUAAGCAACGUGGAGAAGGUGUUCUGAUAACUUCAUCUAAAUAUUUAGAAGUGUGUGAAGUUAUACCACAAAAUAAUAUUGAACAAGUUUUUUGUCACUUAAGUGUCUCAAUCAAAUGCUUAUUUUGGGUUCUGUGUACUUCCCUCCUGCGUCUGAACAGCAGUAUUACAUUGAUCAUUGUAGCAGUGUUGAGUUUAUUUUUGAAAACUUUCCAGAUAGUGAUAUGAUUAUAUGCGGUGAUUAUAACUUACCCAAUGUUAAAUGGAUGAUGAAUUUAGAAUUAGAGUUCAAUGUAUUCCCAAUUCUUCUGCUAAUGAUUUGUGUAAUACUGCCAGUUAUUGUAAUUUAUCUCAAAUUAAUGUGAUACCUAAUAGCAGAAAUACUUUUCUCGACUUAGUUUUUUCUAGUUUAUCUAAUAUAAUUGUGUCGGAACCAUAUGAUCCCUUGUUUGACAAAAGUGUCCAUCAUACUCCAGUUUCUUUGGAAUUGUUUGUUAAAGUUAACUCAUCAACUUUAAAUUAUGAAGAAUACUUUUUAGAUUUCAGAAAUGGUGAUUACUUUAGGAUAAAUUAUCUUUUGUCUGAGAUUGAUUGGAAAUUAGUAUUCAUCAACAAAAAUGUCAACGAGGCUAUUGAAACCUUCUAUGAAAUUCUAUACAAUUAAAUACAUAAUUUUAUACCCUUUAAAAAAUAUAAAAUAUCCACAUAUCCUAAUUGGUAUAACUGUGAUAUAAAAUCGUUUAUAUUAAAAAAGAAAACUGCUCAUAAAACAUUCAAACAGACAGGUAGGGAAGAAGAUUAUAAUAUAUUUUCAAGUGUUAGAACUCAGUGUAAAGAACUUACGAAUUCACUAUAUAAACGACAUGUUUAGGAAACUGAAAACAAUAUAUCUGAAAACCCUAGAUCAUUCUGGAAAUUUAUAAAUAGUAAAAGAAACUCACAUAUGUUACCAUCAGUUAUUAAGUAGGAUGAUUAUACUGGGGAAAAUAGUCAAGAAAUCGUUGAUAUUUUUGCGAACUUUUUUUCAACUGUCUACAAUGAUGCUGUAGUUAAUCAAAUUCCUAUUUUUAAAUUUGAGAAAUCGGCGAGUGUAAGCAAUUAUGUUGUUGACAUUAAGGAAAUAGUUGAUAAGAUUCUGAGUAGCCCAUGGAAACUUGCCAGGGACCUGACGAAGUUCCAUUGUAUUUUAAAAAAAAAAUGUGUAUACACCUUGGCAGAACCAAUACACCAGGGGUCGGCAACCUUUUUUACUAGGAGGGCACAUUUCAAAAAUUGUGAAAUUCGGCGGGCACCACCUGAUGAAAAGUAGCUCUCCCCCCCAAUUUCUCCCUCUCCGACCAAUUUCUCUUAUUCGCUGAUGACAUAAAAAUCUUUAGAUCUAUUGCUUGCCUCUCUGAUUGUGAAUGUUUGCAGUUGUCCUUAAAUAAUUUUUCGCGUUGGUGUGAAGUAAAUGUUUUAAACUUAAAUUUAAAAAAAUGUUUUAAAAUCACGUUUAGUAAAACGCAGGCUUCUUUUAAUAAUAAUUACACACUUAAUGGUACUGUUCUGCAAGAGAUACAUCAGGUACGGGAUUUGGGUAUAAUACUGGAUAGACAACUGAACUUUAAUGAUCAUAUUAAUGACAUAACUUCACGUGCCCUUAAAAUGUUAGGAUUUGUCCAGAGAAAUUCAAAGGACUUUUCAGUUUUUACGUUUAAAAUAUAUUGUGCGCUAGUGCGAUCAAUUAUAGAAUACUGCUGUAUUAUAUGGUAUCCUUUUUAUAAUACCCAGAAGAAUCAAUUAGAAAAAGUUCAAAACAGAUUUUUGAGGAUAUGUGGUUAUAAAAUGGGUUUAAAACGUGGAGAUUAUAAUUACAGUUAUAUUCUUAAUCAACUUAAAAUGAACAAAUUAGAGGCAAGAAGAGCUGAAUUCGAAUUAUAUUUUUUACAUAAGCUUCUAAAUGGAUUUAUUAAUUGCCCUGAAAUUUUGGGUUUAAUCUCAUUUAAUAUACCUAUGCGAAGAACUCGUAAUUCUGACCUGUUUUUUGUAGAUUUCCAUUCUACUAAUUAUGGACUUAAUGAAGUUAUUUCUAGGAUGUUACGUACUGCGAACAAUUACCAAACAGAUUUAGAAUUAUUUAAUACUUCAACUGCAUCAUUUAAAACAUGUUAAAAAACUGUUGUAGCUAGCUUAUGUAUCUUACUGUAUUUUAUACAUAUUGUACAAAAACUGAAAAAGGGUUUAGCCCGUCAAUAAAUAAAAUAAAAAUAAAAAAAUAAAUAAAGGGUGUAACGUUGUCGUUGCAUUUGUUGCACCAGGUAACAAAAAUUCAGCCGAAGACGGAAAGUUCGCUUUUUAAGACAUUUAUGUAGAAUCAACAUAUACAAAUGAUAAGAUAAUUAGCCGUAAUUACUACUCGUUAAUUUCGUUAAUAAAAUAUAUUUAUAACCUACGUAUCGAACCUUAGAUUCGGGUCGAUGUGACGAUAUCUGGUACAUGAAUGAAUACUACCGACGAUCGCGUGGAUUAGGAAUUACAUUUUAUUAAUAUGAAACGGACAUGUAAGGAGAGGAAAUCUCGCUCAGCUCGCCAGCGGACAGACAUGUAGGAAAAUACGAUCACCGCUCGUAUAAAGAUAGGUAAAAGGAAAACCGUUGGAUUCGUUCAGCACACCAAAACGACGGCGGAAAAUGGUUGGGAUAAUAUACCUCGUUGUUGUUUAUUAUUCUUCGAUCAACGCUCCAAGAAUAAUAAUCAACUAGGCUUUUCGUUCCGACUUUUAUAUCGUACGAGACGGUACAAAAACACGUUUUACUUAAUUCAUUGGCGUACUCUAUAUAUAGAAUUAUAUUAUCGUCACAAGGGCACUAUGUCCAUUUUUGUCAAUAUUGGGAUUAUACUGCAGUUAUAAUGAACUUUUAAUUCUCCACACAGAGGUAUAAAGCACUAUGUCCUACUUUAUAAAAUAACAAAGAUAAGCACUUUAUAAAAAGUAUCAUGUCACAUUUUGUUUAGAAGCAGAAACAUGAAACGCUAUACCUCUGUGUAAGUGUAUUUUGUAAAGCAAUGUACACAGAGGUAUAGGGUUUCAUGUUCACAUGGUUGAAGGAAGUUACAAAAUAAAUCCAGUAUUAAACAAGCAGGGUAAAGUAUUACACUUUACCCUGUAAUGUUUGUCAUGAAGGAGAAACUAUCUCCACUACAUUGUGUUUUAAUUUUUUUGUUAAAAAUAAAUCAAUUUUAGUAUCACAAUAUGUGUUAUAAACAAUACAAUUUUGAAAGCUAAUAAUCUGAAGAAUAAAUUAGACAAGGGAUUGUGACAUAAUGUGUAUUAACAUACAUCCUGUGAAUAAGGAUACACAAAAAUAAACUUAAAACGCUUCUCCUGUAAAAUUACGAAUUUGUGACAUAGUGCCCUUUACCUCCGGCAUACAGAAUUAUUCUUGAGUAAUGAGCAUUUUAGUGUAUUUGUUUUAAGUUAAUUAUUUAUUUGAUAAAUUUGCAUUGCUACACUUUUUAGACAGGUAUCUGAAGGUACUUUUUUACACUUUAAAUUAAAUUUAAAAAAAGUUACAUCAAGCUAAAUGUUUCAAAUUUUGUGGACGUAUUACUUUUAUCCACAUAGUAAAAAAAUGUUAGGGUUAAGUGGAUAAAAGAGCUAAGUAUCAACAAUGGACAAUUAUUUAAAAAAAUAUGAUAUAUGUCACGAUAUAGAUCGUGAAUAAAUAUUGACUGAUGUUUCCUUAGAACUUUUUCUAUCCUUCCAACGUCCCUGUCAGAAUCUAAAUAACUGAAUUUCCCCACUUCAAAAAAUGUAUGCUGUAUUAUUUUAAUAACCUCUGAUUAGCUGUAUUAUUUUAAUAACCAUGCUUAACCUCUGAGUGGCGCUUUCCUGCUAUAGACGUGGAUAGUAAUUUCAGUGCUUUUUUAGAUAAGCUUGUCUGUAUCUUCAAUAAAGCAUUCCUUUAAUUGCAAUUAAGCCAAAACAUCGCAAACCCUGGACUACUAAAGGUAUCCGAAUAUCUUCCAAGAAUAUGCGUUCUCUUCUCUAUAUCAGGAAAUUUACUACCAACGUAACUAUCACUGAAUAUAUCACCAAGUACAGGGCAACCUAUCUUAAACUUUAAAAUCAGCUAAAAAAGACUACUACAAUAACCGUCUGAGAAGCUCAAAAGUGUUGCAAAAGAAACUUGGUCCAUAAUAAACGAUCUUCGAAAUAAAACCCACACUGCUCAAACAAUUUCCCUUCCAGACCCUGAAAAUCUAAAUGAAUACUUUGUUAAUGUGAGUAAAAAUAUUACCCCAUUGCCUAUCUCCCUAAUUCAAGAAAGGUCUCGAAUUCAUUCUUUAUAAAACCAGUCGAUAAAUCUGAACUGAUCCCAGCAAUCAAUAGUAUCAAAAGCAAAUCUUCCUGUAGUACUGAUGGUCUAUCGAUAAAAAUUUUUUCUAAUCUCCCAGAAAAUGUGUUAGAAGUCCUCAUCUUACUAAUUAAUGAUUCCUUUGAAAAAGGUAAAUUUCCAGAGUGUCUGAAGACAGCCAUCAUUAUUCCUCUUCAUAAGGGUGGUGAAAUAUCUAAUACCUGCAAUUAUAGGCCUAUUGCACUACUACCGCUACUCCAAAAUUAUUGAGAGACUCAUAAAAGCCCGAAUUAUGUCCUUUCUAGUUGAAAACAACAUUUUAUCACAAAAUCAGUUCGGCUUUUUAAAUAAUAAAUGCACCACUGAUGCCAUCUUUUCUGUACUACAUGAGGUUUCUCAAGCACUGAACAAUAAUUUUCACACUGCCACCGUUUUUUGUGACUACGCCAAAGCUUUUGAUUGUGUAAAUCAUAACAUUUUGAUAAAAGAACUAAAUUUCUACGGAAUUCGAGGUAUUUCUUUAGAUUGGUUCCAAUCUUACUUUUAUGAUAGGAAACAACUGGUUAGAGCAAAUGAUACAGACUCUAGUCUCAAAAACAUUGUAUGUGGGGUACCUCAAGGUUCAGUAUUGGGUCUUCUACUUUUCCUUAUCUUUAUUAAUGACAUCACUAGUUUAAAAAUCGAUGGAAAAAUCUUUCUUUUUGCUGAUGAUACCAGUAUCACUUGGAGCAACUUAAAUAUUGCAACUCUUCAUGCUACUAUAACUUCUGAUCUACUUACAAUAAAAACCUGGUCUGACUCUAAUUUACUCUCGUUUAACGUAGAUAAAACAGUAGCAUUGUCUUAUAAAGGAGCUCUUCAACCCUUACCUCUUAAUAACAGCCAGAUCAGUACCGUUGAUUCUGUAAAAUUUCUUGGUAUUUUUUUAGACAGCAACCUUAAGUGGUCCCACCAUAUCGAUUUGUUAAGGAAGAAACUAUCCUCAGCUUGCUAUGCUAUAAGAUCUGUUUCGAAUGAACUCAAUUUAGCAUCUUCCAAAAUAACAUAUUUUUAUUUGUUCGAGUCACAUCUUCGUUAUGGUCUUCCUUUUUGGGGUUCUGGUACAGCUGCCCAGUUCGAUGUUAUUUUCAAAUUACAAAAAAGAGCAAUUAGAUAUCUGUUUGGCCUCAGAAGAACAACACCCCAGGCAACCAAAUGACGUUUACAAAACGUUGAAAAAACGUCAUAAUUAUCACCAAACUACGUCAGUUUAUCACGUUUUUUCAACGUCGAAAAGCACGUGAAUAUGUCCCACCAUAACUCACGUCAUUUUUAUCACGUUUUAAAUACGUGAUAUGAAAAAGUAGUUUUUACGUCGAUUUUGCGUCGUUUUUUAGAUUUAUUUUUCAUUUUAUGGCUUUAGAAAUACACAAUAAUUGAAUGGGUCCGCCGAAUAACGUUGUAAGCACCACAUGGUCAAAGAAAAAGUUUUAAUAUUGUGAUAAUGGUGAGUUUAUACAUUUUAAAGGUGAGUAAUACAGUUUGUAUUUUGUAUUUAAAAACUGUAUUACUAACCCUUAAAAUGUAUAAACUCGCCAUUAUCACAAUAUUAAAACUUUUUCUUUGACUUCUCAAAAACAAACCAUGUGGUGCUUACAACAUUAUUUGGCAGACCCAUUCAAUUAUUGGUAUGAGCAUUGUUGGUAUUGCAAUUUUUCCAUUUAAGUAAAACCAAAUGGAAGGCUCGUUAAAAUGCAUAGAAUUACAAUAUCUUCAAUGCAACAUAUAUAACACAUAGAAUUUUCACUUUUUAUAUUAUAUUUACUGUGUCAAAACUGAAACGAAAUAUAAACUAAUAAAUCAUUUAUUAACAAAUUAAACAUUUAAGUCACAAUUUAAUAACAAACUUAAGUUUAAACCAUUUAAGUUAUAUAAUAUAUAUAAUUAUUAUAAUUAUACCACACACUUUAAAGGUACGAUUCCGACAACGACUGCAGACGGCAGUUACAGUUGUCACCAUGACAGACUUCAUUAUUUUGCACUAUUAAUUUGCAUAAUUAUUAGCAACUGACAUUCUGCCGGACAGCAGUUGCAGUCAGAUGUCGGAAUCAGUCUCAUACAAAUAAAUAGUGCAAAGUAAUAACGUCCGUAACGCUGACAACUGCAACUGAUGUUUACAGUUGCCGUCUGCAGUCGUUGUCGGAAUCGUACAUUUAGUCCUAAUCUAUUGAAUUUCAAUGAAAACUAUCUGCUUUACAUUUAUAAAUUUUAAGGAAGACGAUUGAAUGAUAAAAAAUAGGACAAAACUAUAAUAGUCUGUGUUCUCACAUAUAUUUCCAUACUCUUAUAAACCUCAAAUUGAUUUCAAAUAAUUAUUACACAUUUUUGCAUACAAAAAGAUCUACAGACACCUGAAAAAUAUAUUUUUUGAUUAAGGGACUGUAAUGACCAAAUUAAAAAAACAAUUUACCCGUGAUAUCUGAUAAUACACACUUAAAAGACUAAUACAUAAAUACUCAUGAUGAAGAAGUACAUUAUAAUUAAAAAUGAAUAACCAUUUUCAUAUCGCUGCAACAUGAAGCCAAAGCCGUCUUAUAUUUCAGUUCGUUUAGAGGGCGCAACAAGCACUCUGACCAAACAGUUUCAGAACUCAUUAGUUUUUCAUCAGAGAAUGUACAUAGCUAUAACAUCUGUACAUGCAUUGGGUUCUUCAUCUUCUGUCUUGCUGUGACUAAACUUCACUAUUACCGGCCAUACACAUAGAAUGUGCAUUUGCUAUGCCAUUGGAACUGGCUAUCACCCAAGCAUCUAGUGGUUUAGCAUUAGCUUUUUAGGAAUGUUUCACCUAAAAAAAAUAUUUUAUCUUUGUGGGAAUGCUUCAACUACACAAAUUUAUUUUUAUUAGAGUAUUUGCGUUCUUUACAAUGAUUGAGAAUAUUUUAAAAUCAGACAUUCAUAUAAUAUAAUUUUAGAACAAACAAUCAUGACUGUUUACUAUUCUCUUUUCUAUGAUAGCAAUUACAUGUCGUCAACCUAAUCUGUAAACUGUGUAACUUCAUUUAUCCAAAUUUUACAGGAGACACAAAAAACUAUUUCUCUAAAUAUGACUAAUGUGAAUACUAUUCUUUUUCUCAUGAUCAUCUUUCAGUGUGUCACAGUUUUUCGAUUUCUUUCUAACGUAUUAAAUUGUAUGACAGAAAAAAAGGCACGUCGGUGAUUACUUUGGUAAUUAUUCUAGUUCGGUGAUUAUUCUAGUUGUCGAUAGAUGGUGCCAUAAUAAAAAAAAUAUUUUUUUUUAAUUGGAUAAUAAUAGUACAAAUAUAAUCUGUAUAAUUUAUAAGACUAUACAAAUCAAAGAAAAUACCAUUUUAUAAAUGCAAGAAACACAUUUGAUUUGUUUUUAUUCCAAAUUGAAAAUAAAAUGUGACAACUGUCAGAUUUAACUAAAAUGUCAUGUUAGAAUAAAUGUCAUAAAUGUGUAUUAUCACGGACUUACUUUCCUAUCAUUUGUUACGCACUGAAAAAUGAUCAUGAAAAGGACAAUACUAUAUUUUAAAAGAUAGGAUGCUAAAAUGGAAUAGUUUAUGGAUACACAUAUCACUAACAUUUGUAUAUUGUUUAAUGAGUAUUUAAUAUUACUUACCACCAACUUUUUCUUGAAAAUAUCACUUUCUAAACAGUGAGGUCAGUCGUGUGGUGUGACAAACUGGGGACUUACAUAUUUUUCGUAAUAAAUUUGCUGCAAGGGAGAUACGGUGUAUACGAAGAGGUCACUAUUUAAUCUUCUGGUAAAAAUAUGCAUGUGCAUCCUUUUUUAAACAAGUAGGGAUUUUUUCAAAUAAAUGGCAGUAAUAACUGGAGAGAAAUAUGGAGUUACACAGUUUACAAAUUAGGACUACAAUAUGCCUGGUUUUAUACAGAUAUAUAAACGUAAAUAAAUCUAAUAUUUAAAACCAAUUUAUCCAAAAGACUCUAAUAUAAUACUGUUAUCCAUAUAUUUCUUAAUGGUGAAUAAAUAAAAUAAAGGCAUACCUUUCCAACAAUAAUAUAGAAAUCAUUAACAAUUUUUAAUCCAACUUUCAAAACAAAUCCAGUUGUGAAGGCUUUUAUGUGCCUAAAGACUUUUGUAUGCUUUCAUCUGCUGCUUAUAGUAACUGUGAGACUCUACCAGAUAUGUAUAUGGAUCUAAAUCUCCAAUUAUUUUCAGCUUCAAUAUGAAUAUCUAAAACAAUAAAAGAAAUAAUGUUAUUGCUUGCAAAAUUCAUCAUUAUUGAUAAAUAUCAGGGAAAAAUGAACAGUAAAUAAAAAUUGUUUCACCUACCUUUUUCUCCAACAUUUGGGGUUUCCAAUAAUAAUUUCCUUAAAUAAUCACUUUGCAUUAUGGUAUUAUAGAAUUAUAUAUCACAGAAUUAUAGACCGAUAAGCUUAUUACCAGUAUUAAGCAAAAUCGCAGAGCGGGUCAUAUUAGCUAGGCUAAAAGAAGAAUCUGAAGCAAUCGGAACAAUACCUGAAGCACAGUUCGGAUUCAGAUCCAAGCACUCGUGUGGACUUUAAGUGCUGAGGUUAACAGAAUAUAUCACGAAAGGGUUCAACGAAAAGAAAUAUACAGCGGCCGCCUUUCUAGACGUCAGUAAAGCAUUCGACAGGGUCUGGCACGACGGCCUGCUGUAUAAAAUGAACCAAUAUGGUUAUAGUGAGGCGAUGACGUGUCUUCUCUCGUCAUACCUAGCCAACAGGAGGUUCAGAGUUCGGAUAGGGCCAACCCUGUCCGAAGUUGGGAACAUGGAGGCUGGUGUACCACAGGGGGCAGUGUUGUCACCAUAUCUAUAUACCAUAUAUACGGCAGACACCCCAACUGAACCCAGAUCGUUGCUAAGUCUAUACGCAGAUGAUACAGCGAUAGCUUUUAGCAGUACCCUCCCAGAUUUUGCAACAAGACAUCUACAAAGAGCUCUUGAUGGACUACAAGAAUGGUGUGUGCAGUGGAAAAUAGCUAUCAAUCCUGACAAAACACAGGCCGUCACGUACCAAAAAAGAAGAGGCAGGCCAAAUGAGGUACUAUCCCUAUUUGAUACCCAAAUUGAAUGGUCAAAUCAAGCCAAAUACCUAGGCGUAAUGUUGGACAAAAGGCUGACCUUUACAGAACACGUAAAACAAACAUUCAACAAAGCUAAAGCCCUUAGGAGUCAACUCUCAUCGUUAAUAGGUCGAAAGAGUAAACUGAGAUUUAAGACAAAGAUUAGUAUGGCAAAUUGUAUAAUUUUGCCAACACUAACAUACGCCUCAGCCGCAUGGGGACACACGUGUAAUACCAACAAGAAAAAAAUACAAACCAUCCAAAACCACAUGAUCAGAGAAGCUCUGAAUAUACCUAGAUAUGUCCCAUUAAGAUACGUAUUUGGACAUACGCAACAAAAGAAAGUCCUGAGAAUGAUAGACGAAAGAGCACAAGAAAUAUUUAAUAAUAUCAGGAACCAUCCUAGCAGAUUAUUAAGAGAAUUGACUAAUUACGACGAAAACCAAAGAACGGUACAUAGACGGCCUAGACAGCAGUUAGCUGGAUAUAGAGGAAACCCUUAAGAAUGAAAAAUUGAGAUAGCCACAUGAUAUCGAAAGACAAAUGUCGCGCUUCAGGCACUAAGUACCCUUCAGGUAGGUCAAAUGGACCAUAGCCGCGGAAUGUGAGCAUCGAGGUCACGUACCGACAGACGUGGGCUUGAUGGCCACACCUUUCGGGCGCUCAGCCGUCGAGGAGAACAAAAUUUAUUUUGUCAAUUCGCCGGCUGAGUGACCGAGCACACACGGUCUGGACAGCGAGACACCGAUUUAGAUCGAUGCCUUGAUGUCCGGAACACAUUUUUUUUAGGACACAAGUCCAAAGUAAAGAAAAAAAAUUAAUUUAGUCAUUAAUAGGGAGAAAAGCUCUUCUAGCUACCCCUAAAACCAGGUGGCUUAAACACAUGAAGUAAUACAAAGGAUGUCCCAUUACCCAGGGCAUCCAAAGUAACGUUAAGGUCAACGCCUCUCCAUUCGGUAUGUCCUUCGAUGGGGAGGGGUGGAGGUAUAGCUUGGGGGUCAGAUAGGUACCACUCUAUUACGGGGUGUGACCGAUUUGAUCUUCGGACAUGUGGGUUCCACUUUUCCAUUGGAACACACAUGUCCCCCGGGGCUGGGGUUGAUACGAGCAUGUGUGUGUGCAUUAUGGUAAAUUUAUAAAAAAACAGCCAACAAAGUCCAAAUGAAUCUAAAAUUUAAAAAUAUAAAAUACAUCAAACAAUGAAAUGAAAUGACCAGUGAUGUGACUGGAAAUGACGAUACAAGAUACAAACUUUACAUAACCUAUAACAUAACCUUCUUUUCUUCUUUUUUUUUUGUUUUAAUGAGGUUAAGCUUCUACCAAUUUCGUGACGUCAGACUUACGCUGUCUGAAAUGAAAAUGUCUUUUAAAACGUAUUUUACCGUCAUUAAUCUUACGUAUUUAAAAUCACCUACAAAAGACGUCGAUAUGACGUAAUGUUCAACCACGUGUGUAUAUUCAACCAAAAACUGACUUUUCUCGACGUUAUAUGACGUCUCUUGGUUGCCUGGGACAUUGCAAUUGCAGAAGUUACUUCAAAAAUCACUAAGAUCCACUAAUUUUAACCCUUCCAUCUUUGUAUAUUUUAGAAACUGUUUGCUUAAUUCGCGUAAACAUCUACAUGUCUUUCCACCAAAACCUAAUCAUGACUACUUCACGAGAAAUACUACGUUUGACGUCUAUAUGCCGACCCCGUCCUCUGAGUUCGUAAAGAAAUCUAUAUUAUAUUCCGCAAAAAAACUUUACAACCAUCUCCCUCUACAACUUAAAUCUGCAGCAUCUUUCCCCAAAUUCCAUAAACUGACAAAAGCCUACCUAUCUGAAAGACCAUAUUAUUCAGUAGAAGAUUUUCUUAAUCAAUAAUUAAGAAAUUACAGUACCCUUUGCACAAGUAGUAUUUUUAUUAUCAUUUUUUUUUGUCUAUAUUUGGGUGUCAUAUGCAGCAGCUUAACUUUUAAACUUAUUAAUUACUAGGUAGACUAUGCAUUUGCAAUUUACUUAAAUUUUGCAAUUGAUUAUUUCUGUUUAACUUCAUUAUUAUUGUUAUUAUUGCAAAUAUAUUGACGAUUUAUGUAAUUUUAGUAAAUUGGAUUGUUAUUGCUUUAUUUUCUUGACUUUUUAUAGGCUUUGUGGAUAAAAUUGUACAAUUUUUCAUGACAAUAAAGCAUAUUUCUAUUCUA